UAUGUCCCAUCAAGAGUUACUGACCGACCAGCUUUUAUCUCUAUUGACGUGGAUUCAAUUGAUCCGACAAUUAAUCCCCCUGUAGGACAACAAAUAAACCACAGUGAAUCCGAAUCAUAUCCAGAAGAAGAUCUCGGUCAAGAAGACUAUUGUCCUUUGAAUAUUGCGGAAGAACAUUUGCCUAAUACCUCAAGUCAACCAGCAAUAUUAGAUGUCAGCCAGUGUAAUAUUCCCAUCGCUGAAGAAGACACUACUUUAGAACAGACUGUGCCUACAAAAACACAUGUCAGCCCUUCUGAUUUAAGACCAUAUCCAAGAGUAAGCCAAGAUCCAACUUCAAUGUUGCCAAAAAAGAAAAAGAGAAGUGGUAGAAGCAGAGUUUUAACGGACACUCCAGAGAAGGACCAAAUUGAAGUUGAACAUAACAAGAAGGUUGAGAAAGAAAGUCAACGGUUAAAAAGAUGUUUAUUAAAAGAAAUUCAGGUGAACAAUAAGAGAAAUACCACUUAUAGUAAGCCAGCUGCAGUAGAGAAACGUCAUAGACAGAGAAAGGAACCACAAGAUAAUGUAAACAACAAAGAAAAUGAUACUCACGUAAACAAAAAUUGUGAUGAACCUCCUGUUUCUUGCACUACGAGAUCUGGGCGUGUUUCUCGCCGUAAAGUAAUUAAUGAUGUUUAGAUGUAAUCAAAUUGUUUCGUUUUGUGCCUACAACAAAGAACCCAUUUUUCUAAAACAAAAUCUGUGUCUAUAAAAACUUUUGUAUUUCAGAGGCAUCUAAAGCAUAAUCAAGAAAAUAAACUUUCUUCACAGUA